UCAUUGAUUUAAAAAAAUUCAGAAAAAUAAUAUUAUUUGAUAAUAUACAUUAUAUUCUUUUAACUUUUUUGCUACGCAUGUGUAUAAAAUGAUUAUUAAUAUGUAUGUAUUGACGUGUGUAUAAAAGAUAAACGGGAAAGGGUGAUCUUCAUACUGUCUAUUACUCAUUUCCAUUCUAAAAGAGACAUGUUAUUAAUUGUGUGAAAACGUAUAUACUUUUUUAUUUUAUCAAAAAUGGAAUUUCUAAUAAAAAAAUACUCCUAUUUAGAAGAAAAUAUAUUACAAAGCUUAAAAACUAAUGGCAUUGAACAUCGGGCAAAAGCCAGUAGUGGAUUAUGGCUUGGAACAUUAGUAGGUUUCAGUGCAAUCUUAAAUCUACUAAAAGAAAAUACCAGUUACUCUGAAAUUUGCCUUAUUGUAGGCCUUACAGGUGUUGGCCUUGUUAUAAGUUCAAUAUGUCUGUAUUUACGACUAUCAAUGAAAAAAGUUGUGGUCAGAGAUUUUCAAGUAAUAUAUUUUUUACCAGCAAUUAUAACUUCAAUGUUAUACCUUCUUAUAGCAAAUAAAGGACUGCUAUUAAGUGUGGCAUGGGGCUUAAGCGUAGGAAGUGUGGGUACAUGGAGUAUUAUUCAACUGAUGUCUACUUUCCCUUUUUGUUUUACUCUUGGAGAAGCAACAGCAGUAGUGCAUGGUUGUAUCUUAUUUAUUAUGUCUACAGUAACUAAUCUACCACUACGAUACCACUUACCACCAAUACAUGAUGAUGAUAUUGCUACAGUUUUAUUACAGGUUGCAAUACUAUACACAAUCUUGGUUUGUUUAAUCUGUGGAUAUAUUCCAAUAUUUCGCGUAACCAAAUACUUUUAUAUAUUGAUAAUCACUUUUUUACUAGUGAUUUUUUUACCCAUAACGCACAUAAUAUUAGACCAAAAUCCAUUAACAUGGAUGUUCUCAUACAUUUUCAGUUCCAGACGUAGAACUGUUAUAAUCGGAUAUUGGGCUAUUUGUUUAUUAUUAAGCAUAUUAGCAGUUGUAUUUCAAAUACUGUGGAAUUCUCAGGCAACAACUUCCGUCAGAAAAACUUUUCACUUAUUCGCUGUACUUGUAUAUAUACCAGGUAUAAUAUAUGAACAAACAUUGUUAUAUCUUGCUAGUGGUAUAAUAAUGGGAUUAUUCAUAUUUCUUGAGUUAAUAAGGUAUUUCAAGAUAUCACCUCUUGGAGAUGUAUUAGAACAAGGAUUUAAUGUAUAUGCGGAUGAGAAAGACAGUUUGAUUUCUUUGACAGCUUUAUAUUUACUUUCUGGUCUGUCUUUUCCACUUUGGAUGCCUAGUAAUAAUGUUCCGUUAGUGGCUUUAUUUAGUGGUAUUCUGACAGUUGGAAUAGGUGAUACUGCUGCUAGCUGUAUUGGCAGUAAAUGGGGUUUUCAUAAAUGGAGUCAUUCAAAUAAAUCCAUUGAAGGAACAUUUGGUUCCAUAUGUUGUCAAGCUGCAUUGAUAUGCAUUUUAACAUUUAUAGGUUACAUAAAUAGUUGUUGGUUAUUUUUGAGAGUGCUCUCAUUAAGUUUUGCUGUGUCUUUUGUUGAAGCACUAACAAAUCAAGUUGACAAUUUAGCAUUGCCUUUGUUGAUGUAUGCCUGCCUAAUAAUUUAGGCAUCUAAUGAGGAAAAAUACUGAAAUAAGUAAUAAUUACAAUAACCAUCCCGAAGACAAAUAAAACUGAAAGUUUUAUUGUUAAACGCACAGUUGGACCAACAGUAUAGUAUUUCAUUACUGAACUUUAUUUGUUUUACUACAGUUAAGAAAUUUGUAUAUUUUUUAUUACACAUAGAGUUUUUCUAAGGUAAAUGUGCCUAUACAUGACUAUGUUUCUAUUAUCAAUGUUGUUUGUUUCGUAUUAGUAAAAAUUACACCUAAAUAUUAAAAGUUAAAGUACUUUAAUAUUCUGUUUAUUAUUAUCAAUUGAUAAUUGUAUUAAAAGUUAUGUUCAGAAAUUAAUGUUUUCGAAGUUGUUUAUUUUAUAAUAAUAAAAGAGUAUAGAUUCAUAAAAUUAUAAAUUGAUCAACAAAAUAAUUUUACUGUCAAUUAAUUAGGAAGAUGAUGUAAUUUUUGUUAUAAAUUCGUUUUCUUUUUAAUAGCUUAUAUUUGAAAUCUGUUUAAAUUAAGAAAACAAAAGUACUACCAAUGUUGAUAAUAUUUACUGAAAGUAUUUACAUAUUGCAGUACAUAAUAUUAUUUAUAAAGUAAUCACAUUCUUAUAUAGUCGAUAAAAGGGUCAUUUACCUUAAUUUGUUUUAUUAUAAACAACUUAGUAGUUACUAAAACAUUGUUACAUAUCUUCCAGGUUGUUAGAUUUUUACUUUUUAUUGUUAUAUAAACUGUCCAAAAAAAAUAAUGGACAUGGUUUUUUAGGAGUAAAUUUUUGUUCACAGUAAGUCUACUAUAAGUAGAAAUUUAUUUAUAAAACAAAAGAGAUUUUAAUUAUUCUUAAAUAUUUUAUUCUGUAUCUCGACAUGUAUUGGUAUCAAUACAGUAUGAAAUAUUCAAGAAUAUUUGAAACUAAGUUUAAAAAAUUCUUAAACAAAUACUUGUGUCAUCCUAAAAAUCUGUGACUAUUGCAUUUUAUACUUUGUACAGUUUUCCACUGUUUACAGUUGUAUAC